AUGAUCGCCGAAGAAUCACCUCCGUCACGACCAUCGAGGGACGGAGAUUGGCCUCACAGCGCCUUCAACAAGGAAACGCCGUCCACGGACGCCGCCGUCGUGGCUCGAGGGGCAAAGGUUUCCCUUUGGCAACAUCACCGCCAUCUACACUCCGCAACACUCAACUCGCCGACCACCACGCCGCCCUCACGGCCGUGGUCACUGGCCAGCACCAGAGUCAUUGGCUCGCCCGUCGACCAACAUGACUCCCACCUUCCUGGGCCGCUGCCCCGGGAGCCCAACCCUGGCCACCGCGAAACCGAGGGAACAUAUGAGGACGGCGCUUUGAGGGCGUCGAACGCCGACCGAGGAGCAGGUAGGCCACCGCCUCCAAGCCCCGAAACCCGCCGAGGGAGCGCCACCGGCCAGAUCUGCCACCUGCAACCCCCAUGGCUACCAGCGGCCACAGAUCUGAGGCGAAAGUGGGCUCGAAACGGGCCCAGGGGCCCCUACCCCGGCCCGAAAAGGAGGCGGUCAGAUGCCGUAGACCACCACCACGCCAAGCUCCCCGCCGAGCGGGGCUGGACGGGCGUCGCGCCGCUGCACGCCGCGCCGGGCCCAACCCGCGCCGACCCCGUCUUCCACCGCCCGCCAUGGCCGGGAUUCGCGCCCCCCACCGCCGAGGAUGUUCCCCGAGAGCCGCCACCGCCGCGAGCGCGCCAGGUCCGCGCCGUCUCCACGCCGUCGUCGAAGGACCGCAUCGUCGCGCCCCACCGCACGGCGCGGCGCCCUCACUAG